UAAUAUCUGCGCAAUAUUAAAAAUUUUACCGACAAAAUGACGUCCGUGCAUUGUCAACUAUGGAUGGGCAGUCUGGAACCGUAUAUGACGGAAAAUUUCAUAAUUGCCGCAUUUCGCAAAAUGGGCGAAGAUCCAACAACUGUGCGUCUGAUGCGUAAUAAAUACACAGGCGAGCCAGCGGGCUAUUGUUUUGUCAAUUUCAUAUCGGACGAUCAUGCCCUGGACGCCAUGCACAAGUUGAAUGGAAAACCCAUACCUGGCACAAAUCCCAUUGUACGAUUUAGAUUGAACUCGGCGAGUAAUUCAUAUAAAUUACCUGGUAAUGAGCGAGAAUUCAGUGUUUGGGUAGGUGAUCUUAGCUCGGACGUGGAUGACUACUCGUUGUACAAGGUCUUCUCCAGCAAAUACACAUCAAUAAAGACGGCCAAAGUGAUCCUGGACAGUCUGGGAUUCUCCAAAGGCUACGGCUUUGUGCGAUUUGGCAUCGAGGACGAGCAAAAGUCGGCACUAUACGAUAUGAAUGGCUAUGUUGGCUUAGGCACCAAGCCGAUAAAGAUCUGCAAUGCAGUACCCAAGCCCAAGGCUGAGCUAAACGCUGCACUGGGCAACGGCAGCAGCACUUAUGGCUAUGGCGGUUCCAGCACUGCGUCUACAUCGUCAACGAGUGCAAGCGGCGCUGAUUAUUCGCAAUAUUACGACCCGACCAGCACCUAUUGGCAGGGCUACAAUGCCUGGCAGGGCUAUUACGAACAAGGCGCUGCGCCCUCAAUAACCGAUGCUGCCGCCUACUAUCAGCAAGCGAUGUCGCAAUCCCACUCAAAUCCGCAGACACUUGCUCAGCAUGCCGAGGCGUGGAGCGCACAGCGCAGCGCCCAAUAUGAGCAACAGCAGCAACAACAGCAGACUACCGCAACUAACGGCGUUCCCGCCGUUGAAGAUGAUUAUGGACUGGAGGAUCAUAAGUUUGUGCUAGAUGUGGAUAAACUCAAUAGAGAGACUAUCGAUUCAGAUCGUCAUCUCUAUGAUGCUUUGGAGAGCUCCAAAUGGUUGCCCAUUGAGCAAUUAGAGGUCUUUUAGAGAUCAAUGUAACUACAUGAUCAUCAAUCAU